UUCAGGUUAGGUUUUUAUUCUGCUUUUUGUAAAUAAAGAUGAGUAAUAUUUACAUUUUGGAACCCCCAACUCUUGGGAAAGUGUUGUUGGUGACUACAGUUGGAGACAUCGAUAUCGAACUCUGGGCGAAAGAAACCCCAAAAGCAUGCAGAAACUUUAUCCAACUAUGCUUGGAAGGCUACUACAAUGACACAAUUUUUCACAGGGUUGUUAAAGGGUUCAUUGUGCAGGGCGGAGACCCUAACGGUGAUGGUACCGGGGGUGAGUCGAUAUAUGGUGAACCCUUCAAAGAUGAAUUUCAUCAAAGACUUCGAUUUGCCAGGAGGGGGCUUGUGGCUAUGGCAAAUGCAGGGAAAGAUGAUAAUAGCUCCCAGUUUUUCUUCACCUUGGGCUCCACUCCUGAAUUGCAGAACAAACAUACCCUCUUUGGUAAAGUGGCUGGGGAAACAAUUUUCAAUAUGCUCAAAUUGGAAGAUGGAUUGGUUGAGGAUGAAAGACCAGAGUUCCCACAUAAGAUAAUCAGAACAGAAGUGCUGAAUAAUCCUUUUCCAGACAUAUCACCAAGAACCAAAGUAACUGCUGAAGUCAAAGAGAAGAAAAAGAAAGACAAAAGUGUUGGUGUGAAAAAUUUCAAACUACUUUCAUUUGGUGAAGAAGCUGAGGAAGAUGAAGAAGAAUCUACUAGAGAAAACAAAAAAUUUGUUAGCAGAGGUGGAAAAUCAAGCCAUGAUAUGUUGAAUGAUCCCAAGUUGAGUUCAUCAGUAACUGAUGUUAAUGAAUCUAAAGAAGAUGAAGUUGAUCCAGAGGAACAGUUAGAAAAUAUUAGAAAAAAACUAAAAACUAAUCAUCCCAAGUCUAAAAACCAAAAACCUGUGGUUCCUGACACUAAGAAAGAUUCUGAUGAUGAAGUGGACUAUGAAGAUUACUUGCAUAAGGAAAGGGAUCUAGAAAGGCAAAAGAAAAUAGAUGAAAUCAAAAAAGAAAUAAAAAGUGUCAAAAAGGAUUAUCAUCAAAAUAAGCUGAAGAAAAAUCAGAUUAAAGAGGAGGAAGAAAAAGAGGAGCAAGAGAAAAGUGGCAUUCUCAAAGCUUAUGAAGAGGAAUUUGAUCAGUAUAAAAUAAAAAAAGAAUCUCUACCUAAAAAAGGAUCUGGUAGAGAGUCCUUCACUUUGGACCUUCUCAAAAAAUUCAAAGAAAAACUACACUCUGCAAAAGAUAAAGAGGAUUCCCCUGAAGAACAAGUAGAUGGAGAUAAUGUAGAUAGUGCAGAAUCAUGGCUGUCUCAUCAACUCCACUUUGAAGACAAUCUAGUUUUGGCAAAAGAUGCCAACACCAAAGAUGAUGAUUGGUUUGAAAUUUAUGAUCCCAGAAAUCCACUCAACAAAAGACGACGUGGUGAAAAUUCAUCAAAAAAGAACUGAAACUAAAAAUG